UUCACCCUCUCAUCAAACCUUGUUCGUGAAUCAUCGUCAAAUCUCGUGUUUUUUCCGUGUUUCUCGGUUCUUUUCUCGGUUGUUUUUUGGAAACGUUUGCGCGUAAAACGUGUCGCGCGCGCGUCUCCGCGUCUCUGCCGCGCGUCAAAAGAACCCGCCGCAGCUGAGGGUGAAGAAGUGAGUGUUGUUGGUGACAGAGUGAAGAUGAACGUGUCCUCCGUGUCCUCCGUGUCCUCGGAGUCGCUCCUCUUCAUCUCCCUCAGCUUCUCCGUCAUCUUCGUGGUCGGAACCGCGGGGAACGCGCUGGUUCUGGCGGUUCUGCUCCGGGACGGACAGAUGAAGAAGAAGAGCACGAACCUGUUCAUCCUGAACCUCGCGCUCUCGGACCUGAGCUUCAUCCUGUGCUGCGUCCCCUUCCAGGCCACCGUCUACACUCUGGACCACUGGAUGUUCGGGGCCGCGCUCUGUAAGCUCGUGCACUUCAUCAUCUUCCUCACCAUGUUCUCCAGCGUCUUCACCCUCACUGCUGUGUCCCUGGACAGGUAUUUAGUCAUUUGUUACCCGCUCCGCUCCAGAGAGAUGAGGACGCCGAGGAACGCCGUCACCUCCAUCGGCCUGAUCUGGGCCUUGUCCCUGGUCUUCUCCGGUCCGUACCUCAGCUACUACGCUCAGAUGGACCUGGGCGGUAACAUGGUGUGUAUUCCCGCCUGGACGUCCAGACCCCGGGUCCUCGUGGACGUGUGCACCUUCGUCUUCGGCUACCUCGUCCCCAUGCUGGUGCUCGGCCUCACCUACGCCCGCACCAUCCGGUACCUGUGGACGAGCGUGGACGCGGUGAAGGACGUGUCCGAGUCUCGGCGCGCCAAGUGCAAGGUCACCAAGAUGAUCCUGAUCGUCACUGCCCUCUUCUGCGUCUGCUGGCUCCCCCAUCACCUCGUCAUCCUCUGCAUGUGGACAGGACGCUUCCCUCUCAACCACACCACCUACGUCCUCCGCGUCCUCUCGCACCUGGUGGCGUACGCCAACUCCUGCCUCAACCCCGUCGUCUACGCCCUCGUCUCCAAACACUUCCGCAAAGGCUUCACGAAGGUGUUCAGCUGCCAGCCGAGGAGGAGGAGGAGGAGGGAGGUCAACAAGGUGCAGGUGGUCAGCAACGUGGAGACGUCCAACUGACGGACGCAGGAGGAGGAGGCGGAGCCACGUGAUCCCGCCCACAGUUUAUCACGGUGCUUCUGUGGAUUAAGAAAGAACAAGUCACAGAUUUAUAAAAAAACACAGUUUAUCCAGAAAAAAUAAUAUUAUGAUAAUGAUAAUAAUUUAACGUGAAGUGAAGCUCUCAGUCAGACGUUAAAAAUCUCUGGAUUGAAGUGAAGAAAAAUGUUAAUUCAAACAAAAAUAUCAAUAAUAAUAAGAUUUUACAAAAGAGUUUCCCUUAACCUUCGAUAUAAAGAUGAUAAACUAUUGUUUCAUUUGUGGGUCCCCGACCCAGACUUUGAGAACCAUUAGUUUAACAAACGUUAUGUCUCAGUUAAAAACAGAACCAGGUUCAGGAUUUGGACAAAUAUUCAUGUUUGUUAUGUAACCACUGAAUAUUUAUGAUAAUUCAUGUGAAUGAAUUCAUGCUCGCAGCAAGAGUGUGUUGUUGUUGUUGUUGUUGUGAUUUAAAUCAUUAAAUCACAGAUUAUUACAGAUUAUCACCGUUAACUCGUCACAGAACAUGAACUUUGAUGUUUUUUUAUGUUGUUUUCUCUGCAUGCGCAUGUUUUAAUGUCACAAAAUAAAUUCACUCGUAAACAUCCUCCAUGAUUCAUAAGCAUCCUCACGUCAUGCUAAGAUACGAUGCUACAAUUUCUGAUAAAGAAGGAAAAUGAGAAUUACGUCACAAAUCCUAGUUAGAC